GAAAUUCUUCUUAAUAUAAAAUAAAUAAAUAAAUACCUACAAUUUUAAUAUAAUAACAACAAAAUGUUUUUAUAUGAAAUAACUCCACAAUCUUUAAGCAAAUAUAAAGAGAAACGUGUUUUAUUCUCACAGCCCAAUUUGGUUGGGCUAUACGAUUAUAAUUAUGGAAAAAAUACAAAGGCGAAGAGAAUUAACUAUUUGAAAAUACCAAAAUUGAAUGUAUAUCCAAUCGACUUAAAUGAAGGUUUUGCAAAAUAUAUAAGCCGUAACUCUUCUAUGUAUUCAAGAUACAUCGAUGUAUCACUUAAAUAUGACAUGACCUCUGCUGCCGAACGUGAUGGUGUUGUAAAUAUAGAAAAAACUAAAGUAAUUACAAGACGUGGCACUUUAGUCAAUAUAAUGCAAUCAUAUUAUUAUAAGAGACAAUACGAUGAAUUAAAGAUACGGGUAUCACGUUAUAAUGGCAAUUUAUAUAUGGUAAUGGAAGAAGAAGAUGGGUCAUUAUUUGAAUUGAAAGCAGUUGAAACACAUCACGGCCGAUUGGAAAAAUUGUUAUUUACUGAUUCACCCGAUAAUCCACCAAAAAUAGAUGAACCAUAUGAUGACAACAUUGAACUAGUUGGAAUACAUAGAAGUAAUUUUGGUAAAUACGAUAUUAUUUACUCAGGCGAAAUACAAGGAAUCGAUUCCAAUGAAGAAAUCAAAGAUUUUGAUGAUUUCGAUGCUCUCAAUAGUUGUUGUUUUGUCUUUUCAAAGCAAAUGUGGAACACACUGAAAUAUAAAGACAACAGAUAUUUAACAUAUUGGCUGCAAUCAUAUUUAGCUAAUGUUGAAGAUGUUUAUAUUGGCUAUAAAAACGACAAUGGAACUAUUGAGAAACCCAUAAAACGAAAAGCCGCAGUAGAUAUACCCAAGAAUCGUUUUUGGCAGCCCUCGAUUUGUACAGGUUUUUUAUAUGACUUUUUGCAAAAUGUAGAAAAACGCAUGUCUUCAGUCAACUGCUUAAACACUGUCUUUUUGUUUCACUAUGAUGAAGAAAAGAAACGCUUCACUUAUGAAAUAUUUAAAGGUCAAACUGAAAAAACUUUUAUAUCUAAAGAGUAUAUGAAAUAUUGCAUGGAAAAAUCAAAUGGUUAAGAAGUUUUUAUUUAUUCACUUAGGCCUCUGAUAUACGCUUGUCAGAUCUUACAAGUUGUCAGAAAGAUGUUCAAUAAAUGGUUAACAACCAUAUGUAUCAACAUAAGUUCACAUGGUUGUGUUAACCAUUUUCAGAGCAUUUUUCUGACAACGUUAAACGUAAAAUCUGACAACCGUGUACACGUAGCUUUACAUAUAUGUAUCUGCAUAAUUCAUUUAUCAAACUUACAUUUCUUUGAAUCUAUAUAAGAUAUAGUUUUUUUAGUUUUUUAUGAAAGCAGUAGGACUGAUUUUUUAUUUUUA